AUGGAGGGCAGCCUGCAGCCGCUCAGCCUGCGGAGGGGGCCCGAGGAGGCGGGGGACAGCCAGGCCCUCGCCAAGCUGCGGGAGUUGGCCCUGACGUGGUUCAUGGAGACACAGGCACCCCUCAUCCUGCAGGACGGAGCCCUGCCCCCCUGGUUUCACGGAUUCAUCACCCGCAAGCAGACGGAGCAGCUGCUUGGGGACAAAGCUCCUGGCUCCUUCCUCAUCCGCCUCAGCGACCGGGCCACCGGCUACAUCUUGUCCUACAGGGGCAGUGACCGCUGUCGGCACUUUGUCAUCAACCAGCAGCAGGACCCGCGCUACCUGGUCUCGGGAGACACCCACAGCCACAGCACCCUGGCUGACCUCGUGCGCCAUUACCAGGUGGUGCAGUUUGAGCCCUUUGGGGAGACCCUGUCUACUGCCUGCCCCCGGCCGGAGGACAACGAUCUAUAUGAUGCCAUCACCCUGGGCUUCCAGCACACCAGUCUGGGCCUGGAAAAUCCACCUGCCUCAGCAUCCCCCACGGUGGCCCCAAAUAAGGCUGCCAGCCCCUGGCCCCACCUAAAGCCGCAGGUCCCCUUCCUCCACACCAAGAAGAGUCUGGGUGCGAGUUCCUGCAGCUUCUCUGAGGAGACGGUUCUGCCUCUGUCUCCCCAGGUCCCCGUCAGGGUGCCUCCCCUCCCUGAGAGGAGCGCCUCCCUUCUGGACGAGUCCUUUGGAAGCCCCAGCAAGAGCAUCUACUCAGACGUGAGGAAGGUGAACCAGGCACGGCUGGGCCUGGGCGCAGAGGCGUCCGGCAGGCCCAGGCCAGCCCCAUCUGGCAGCCAGCCCAGCUCCCCGGGCAAGGCGCCGGAGAGGACACUCUCGGCUGGAGGCCAGAACAAGCCUGAUGGCCCAGGGCCUGCCCUCUCUGGGGUGAGCCCCAAGCAGGGUCCUACAGUGCCUCCCAUGCCCUGGGGCCACCUCCUGCCCCCUGCUUCUGAGGCCCUGGGAUCCUUGGCUGCCCCCUGGAACCAGGCGUCUCCGAAGCUGAGCCACAGGGCUCAGCCCUGCUCCCAGGGCAGUUCUGCAGACACUUUUGAGUUCCUGCAGAAAGCAGGUCCCCCAUCAGAGCCCAGGGACGUGCCAGACCAAGAAGUCAGUGCCUACGCGCAGGUCCCAGUGCGCUGGGGGGGCCCAGCCAGGCCCUUGGGUCCCGGGACCAGUCCUCCAUCUAGCAAACCACCAGGACCCACAGACUACGGCUAUGAGAGGCUCUCAGGGGCCCCAGAGCUCCCCAAGCCCAGGAACACCUAUGAACAAACCCCAGCAGCCAGGAGCAAGGAGACUGGACGGACACACAAGCCUGACAAGCUCCGGAGGAUCUUCUUCACUGACAAGAAGCACAAGUUCUGA